AUGUGCAUCACGUUGCCUUUUUACCAAGCAGCACUUUCCACUUCACGCCGGGAAGUGUGUCCAGAUGAAAAUGGGGUGUGUCCAGUCUGUGCUGCGGACAGGUCUGUACAAUUUUCAGAAAACAAUACAGUGGGUGAAGUCGUGGCCAACAUCAGUGUUCAGUCAGGGGUGACCCUUAGGUUUUCUAAGGAAAACUCUGACAACCCAUUCAGGCUGGAAGGAAACCAACUGGUUGCUGCGAGGGUUUUUGACUAUGAGGAGAAAACAAAUUAUGAUGUCGAGAUCACCUGCAUUGAGACAGCUACAGGGUCCCAGCUGCCCCUCGUCAUUGUUGUAUUACUGAUCAACGUGAAUGAUAACCCUCCAGUCUUUGAUCAGAACCCCUACUAUGUCCGUGUCAGUGAGAUAACUCCUGUAGGCACUUCCGUGGGCCGCUUCGCUGCCACAGACUUGGACAAACCCAGUCAGCUGUACUACACACUGAUAUCCAAAACUAACUUCUUUAAACUGAGGUCACCUACUGUCCCAGACCUCCUCGUUGAGACGGUUCUUGACUACGACAAAGUCAACAAUGUCCAACUGGUAUUAUACGCUCAGGAUACACCACUAACAGCAAAAGAUAACACGGCCUCAUUCACUGGCACCACAACAAUUUUGGUCACCAUCUUAGAUGGGGACAACCGACCGCCGUGGUUCCAGCCCUGCACCAAGCAUGAUGUGGGAGGCGCACUGGUCUGCCAGAGUGCCGGCUACACUGGCAGGGUCGUCUUAAAUGAACAAGAGACCGGAGUCCUACCACUGAAACCAGGACCACUUUAUGCCAUCGACGGAGACUCUGGGAUAAAUGAAGAGAUAAUGUACUCAUUUCUGAGCGGAAAUGAUGCUGGUCUGUUUGAGAUUAACCCAAACACUGGGAACAUCAGCAUGCUGAAGCCCGCCAAUGUGUUGGGGAACAUCAGUCUGACUGUGCUGGAAUGA